GAAAUCAAGUAUACCCUUGCUCUUCAUGACUGCAGAAUAUAACAAACCAAAGUGAAUUUUAAGCGUUGAAGCACCACUUGAGUGAAUUUAUAACUUAAGGGAUAGUAAACAAAAAUGAAUCUGAACUUUAGAUACAGAUACGAGUCCCAGGUAUAAAUAUUAAAAUUAGCACGCGACGAAGCCUUAAUAAAUUUGCGAGACAAGUGGAGUGGCCGGCCCAUGUGAUAAGAGAUUGAUAAGGCCCGGUAGGAAUAGUAUAAAAACGUAUGAGGAACAAGAAUCAAGUAUCAUUUCUAGCAAUGGGAAAGUUAUUGACACUACUCGCAGUCCUCUGCCUUAGCCAAUUGAUCGGUGCUGAACGCAUCGUCAACUGCUACUGGGGAACCUGGGCCAACUACCGCACUGGCAAUGGCAAGUUCGAUGUUUCCAACAUCGAUGCUGGUCUGUGCACCCACUUGAGCUACUCAUUCUUUGGAAUCAAUGACAACGGCGAGAUUCAGUCCCUGGACACCUGGUUGGACUACGAUCUGGGCUUCAUCAGCCAGGCUGUUGGCCUGAAGAGCAAGAACUCCAACCUGAAGGUUCUGGCUGUUGUUGGUGGCUGGAACGAGGGCUCCACCAAGUACUCCUCCAUGUCGGGUGAUUGGUACAAGCGCCAAAACUUCAUCAACUCCGCUCUGAACCUGCUGCGCAACCACGGAUUCGAUGGCUUGGACUUGGAUUGGGAGUACCCUAACCAGCGUGGAGGCAACUGGAACGAUCGUGCCAACUUUGUGACUCUGCUGCGUGAGCUUAAGGAAGCUUUCGCUCCCUAUGGCUAUGAACUGAGCAUCGCCGUUGGUGCCGGUGAGGCCCUGGCCAGCAGCUCCUACGAGAUCGCCAACAUUGCCCAACAGGUUAACUUCAUUAAUGUGAUGACCUACGACUUUGCCAUGGCCUCCGACGGUCAGACCGGCUUCAACGCUCCCCAGUGGGCCGUGGAGAACGCCAUCAACUUCUGGUUGAGCCAAGGUGCCCCAGCCAACAAGCUGGUCCUAGGCGUCGGCACUUACGGACGCUCCUUCCAGCUGUCGGACUCCUCUAAGAACUGGCCCGGAGCACCGUGCCGCGGCGAGGGUUCUGCUGGAUCCUACACUGGUUCUACUGGCUACUUGGGCUACAACGAGAUCUGCCAGAACAACUGGAACACCGUCUUCGACUACGACAAUGCCGCUCCCUACGCCUACUCCGGUGACCAGUGGGUGAGCUACGACAAUGUGCUCAGUGUCCAGUACAAGAUGGACUUCGCCCUGCGCAAGAACCUGGCUGGUGCCAUGAUCUGGUCCUUGGAGACCGACGACUACCGCGGCCUGUGUGGCGAGAGCUACCCUCUGCUGCGUGCCAUCAACAUGAAGCUGCGUUGGGAUAUUUAAAGUGGUAUUCCGAUUGGAGAUAAUAAACAAAUGAUUAAAAAUUGAAAAAAAAA